AUGGCGCCGCCUCCGUCGUCCUUGCUCCGAGAGCUCCUCGCAGCUGACGGCUUCAAGAACCGUCACAAGCCGCCCGACAGCUCCGCCCCGGCGGCCUCGAGAGCCGCGAGCAUGCCACUCCAGCACCGGCGCCCGGGCAAGCCGCCGUCGCGGUCACAGUCCGAUGUGCUCACCCGCAGCCGCCUGAGGCAGAUGAACGCCGACGCGGACGAUGGCAGCAGGGCCACCGGUGCCGAGCGGCGGCGUGCCGCGACCGAGACGCGCGGGUCGUCGGCGUCGCUGACGAGCGCGAGGAGGCACAGCAACAAGGGAGACGGCGACAACAGCGGCUCGGGCGCCGGUGCCAGGAGAGGCUCUGCGUCUGACCCUUCCGCGGUGCCGGCGCUCGACGAGUCCGCGCUCACCGCGCUCAUCUCCCUGGCCGCGGGACCCCUGAAGCGGUUCGCCAAGGACGAGGCGUUCCGCGCCUCGCUGCGCGCCGGCUGCGCCUCGUGCCUCGGCGACUCCAACCACCGCGCCGUGCUGGACCUCCGCGUGCACGCGCAGACCGUCGAGCGGGCCGCGACAGAGGGCCUGGACCCGCGCGACCUGAAGCGCGCGUCGCUCAAGCUCCACGAGAUGGCGUCGCUCCAGGGCAAGGACGCGGACGCGGUGACCGCGGCGGCGGGCGUUCCCUACGCGCGCCUCGCCGCGUGCGCGCACCUCUACAUGGCCGCCGUCUCCAAGCUGCAGAAGCGGGACCACUCCGCCGCGGUGCACGCCCUGGAGACCUUCUGCCUGGCGCCGCGCGAGGCGCGGACGGUCCUGCUGCCCGCGCUCUGGGACAGGCUCUUCCGGUCGGGACUCUCGCACCUCAGGACGUGGCGCGACCGCGAGUCAGCGGCGGCGAGCGCGGACGAAAGGGUGAAGGAGGUGGAGAAGGUGUUCGUGGACGUACUGGACGAGGGGACGCGCGCGCUCGCGUGCUACUACAGGGACUGGCUGCUGGGGCGGACAGAUGCCAUGGCUCUCCCGGACGUUCCUGCUCCUCCGAGCACGGUCCAUGCCAGCGCGCCGAGGUGCUCAGCGUCGACGUCGUACGACAUCAGCUCGGAAGUCAUGUUCGGCUCCGGGAGUUCGAGUCCGACGAAGUUCGCGUACGACGACACAAUGCGGCCAUCCGAGGAAAUCGAGGAGGAAGAAGCGGUGUACUCCGACGCCGCCGCAGACGCGGUGACCAUGCUCCCGGACCAGGAGAGCGAUGGAGCUGGAGGUGAGGAAAGGAGCUACAUUCCCGCUCUGUUGGCAGAAGAAAACGUGCCCGUGCCCGUGCCUGACAGUUUAGACAGAGAGACGUUCGAACCACAUGUCGAAGAAGAACCCAACAAGGAAUCAGAUGCGUCAGCAAGUUACCCGACGAUUUCGGACAACUCUGCUAUUCACCUUCUUACAGUCGAGUUCUGUGAAGUGCCACUCCAGAGUGACAUAGAUGGCAAUGACCUAUCCAUUUUCGCCACGGUUCCCAGCGACUUCCUGUGUCCACUGACGCGCCAGGUCUUCAACAAUCCCGUGACGAUCGAGACAGGCCAGACGUUCGAGCGGCACGCUAUAGUUCAGUGGCUAGACAGAAGCUUCAGAAUGUGCCCGGUUACAGGCCAAGAGCUCUCGAGCAUGAUGGUUCCAGACACGAACCGUGUGCUCAAACGCUUGAUCGAUAGCUGGAAAUCUGAACAUUGCAAGCAUCUGGUAUCCGAAAGCGCUGGGUUUGAUGUGAAGUUAACUUUGCCAUUAAUAGACAAGGCUCUGGAUUCAGCUGAAGACAUGCCUGAAAAACUUGACAAGGCAAGGCACCUUAUGGCGAUCGGCGGGAUAGACUUCCUUCUGCAUAAGUUUCAGGAAGGUGGGGGAGAUGAGCAGCCGCGGGUAGCUGAGCACCUGUUGCUUUGCAUCAGGGCUGAAGGCAGCUGCAGGAAUUACGUGGCUAUAAAGAUCGAUGGCUCAAGUGUUCUGCGGCUUCUCCACAGUGAAGUGCUUUCAGUAAGAAGAACUGCAGUGGGUUUGCUCAUUGAACUGAUCUGCUUAAGAAGGAGAGAAAUGUUUGAAUUGCUCCUGCAUGGAUUGAGAGCAGAGACGAUCAUGGAGGCAAUGGAUGUGCUACUGGAGUAUCUCCGGAGCUUGCCGGUAGAAGAACAAGCCCCAAUUGCCGUUCUACUGUUGCGUUUGGAUGAAUUGGUGGAGACAAACAGAAACAGCACGUACAGAGAAGAGGCGACCAAGAUCAUCACACAUUCUCUGAGAUGCUGCCUGUCAGAGGACAAUAAUGUCGUGCCCAGCACUCGGAGAGCUCUGCUGCUGUUGGGAGGGCACUUCACCUUCUCAGGCGACCUUCUCGCAGAGGACUGGAUGCUGAAACAGGCCGGCUUCAUCGACCACUCACGGGACACUGCUGCCAGUUCUGACGCUGUCAUACACGACAAGGAAUCGUCCGAAAACGAUGCAUGGCUGAGACACGUGGCGGCGGCGCUCCUCGGCAGCAGCAUCGGGAUCAGGAGACCGUUCCUGGAGGCGCUGUCCAAGUGCCUGGGCUCCCCCGACGCCGACCUGGUGGGCGCGUGCCUGACGACGGCCGGGUGGCUGAGCCGCGCGCUGGCUUCGUCUGUGGACGAGGACGGCGCCAUGGACACGUCCCUCGCCGCGUUCUCGGCGCUCGUCCCGCGGCUGAAGCAGUGCCUGGCGCCCGGCCGGCCCGCCCGGCACAGGGUCCUCGCGGCCGUGUCGCUGCACAACUUUAGCAGAAUCCCAGACUGCAGGGAGCUGCUGAUGCUGCUGGCUGACGGCCUGCGCGACCACCUCGCGGAGCUCGCGCAGCUGACCUGGACGGCCGGUCAGCUAUCCGCCGAACUCCGCGGCCACGAAUGA